AUGCCCGAGCACGAUACCACCACCCACACUCCGAUCGAAAUCACGGUAAAAGGCUUACAAACGCAAUUGAAUGAACUACGAGAAAUCCUCUCUGUUCAACAACAAGAGACGCCUUUUUCGUCGGAAGAACUCGUAAAUUCAACUCAAGACAAAAAUCAAAUCGCAACUUUACAAAUUGAAAAUGCAAAGCUAAAGUUUCGAAUUAAACACCUGUUGAAUACCCUCGAUAAGAAAGAUGACGAAAUUGCUCAACUAAAAAAAACAUUAUGA